GCGGUGGUAGGGGAAACUCUUCUAUCACCAAGACCCCAUAGGGUCUGUUUAAUGACGAGAUGUGACACAAAUUUCUGACUACUAUGAACCUCCACAAGAGAUCCUUAAUGGGGUAAUCAAAAGUGUAAAGAAGGAUGGAGAGUGGAAGGUGCUUAUUGUGGAUCACAUGAGUAUGCGGAUUCUGUCCUCUUGCUGCAAGAUGUCAGAUAUUUUGGCAGAGGGAGUGACCAUUGUGGAGGACAUCAAUAAACGAAGGGAGCCCAUCUCAAGCUUGGAAGCCAUUUAUUUGAUUUCACCUGUGGAGAAAUCUGUUCAUGCUCUCAUCAACGACUUCAAAGAUUCUGCCUUUACUUAUAAAGCAGCACACAUCUUCUUCACCAACACUUGUCCAGACAGUCUUUUUGCAGAGAUUGGAAGAUCUAGAGUUGCAAAAGUUGUCAAGACAUUAAAAGAGAUCAAUGUUGCUUUCCUGCCAUAUGAGUCUCAGGUAUUCUCUUUGGAUGAUCCAACCUCCUUGUACUCCUUCUAUAGUUCUAAGCCAAAUGAAGGAAAGGACAAAAUGAUGGAAAAUCUGGCAGAGCAGAUCGCAACCCUGUGUGAUACUCUUAAGGAGUACCCUGCAGUCAGAUACCGCAAGGGUCCAGAGGAGAAUGCUCGACUAGCUGAGGAGGUCUACCAGCGCCUAACUGCUCAUAAAGCAGACAACCCAAGCAUGGGAGAGGGUGCAGAUAAGGCACAGUCCCAGUUGCUGAUUGUUGACCGUGGGUUUGAUCCCAUCUCGCCCAUUCUUCAUGAGUUGACCUUGCAGGCAAUGGCUUAUGACUUGCUAGAUAUCAAACAAGACAUCUACAGUUAUCAGACAACUGGCAUCGGGAAUGCAAAUGAUAGAGAAGUGUUAUUGGAUGAAGAUGAUGAGCUCUGGGUUCAGCUUAGACAUAUGCACAUUGCAGAUGUCACCAAGAAAGUGACAGAGCUACUUCGCACCUUUUGUGAGAGCAAGAGAAUGUGCACUGACAAUGCCAACAUUAAAGAUCUCUCUCAGAUGUUGAAGAAGAUGCCACAGUAUCAGAAGGAGCUGAGCAUGUAUUCGACUCACCUGCACCUCGCCGAAGCCUGUAUGAAGAAAUUCAAGGCCUCUCUUGAUAAGCUUUGUGAAGUUGAACAGGACCUGGCAAUGGGAGCAAAUGCAGAAGGGGAACCUCUUAGGGAUGCAAUGAAGAGCAUUGUUCCUGUGCUCCUCAACAAUGAAACUGAGGCUUACGACAAGAUCCGCAUCAUACUGCUGUAUAUAUUCCACAAGAAAAAAGGCAUCGGGGAGGAGAACCUUGCCAAACUUAUUCAGCAUGCAAACAUUCAAGCAGACAGCAACCUCAUCAACAACCUGCAGAACCUGGGCUGUAUCAUAACAGCUGGGGGCCGCAAUGCUGGAAACCCCCUUCCAGAGCGAAAGGAGCGCACAGAGAGCACAUAUCAGCUCUCAAGAUGGACACCCACCAUCAAGGACAUAAUGGAGAAUGCCAUAGAGAACAAACUGGACAAAAAACAGUGGCCAUACAUUGCUGAUCCACCUUCUAUCAGCACUGCUCCGACUGCAGUAAGCAGUGCACGUUUUGGACACUGGCACAAAAACAAAUCCCCAGCAGAAUAUCGCUCUGGCCCUAGGCUUAUCAUAUUCGUGAUUGGUGGGGUGUCACACUCAGAGAUGCGCUCUGCCUAUGAAGUCACUCGGGCCACUGAUGGGAAAUGGGAAGUGUUGAUCGGGUCAUCUCACAUCUUGACUCCAACCAGUUUCCUUAACGACCUGAAGAGUCUGGACCAAGUACCAAAUCCUGAUUGUUAGUUUAACCCUGGUCAGGGUUAAGUUGUCCAUUUGAAAUGGUUGUUGGCUGGUCUUCUGUUAUAGCAUCACUCUUGUUUGAAGUGAAAAAUAAAAAAGAACUCUGUUUAUAUUUGAUGUUACCAUGGAAGGAAACAUUUGUGAUUCUGCUUUUGUUUUAGAUGUUCUUGAUGUUGUUUUGUUGUAAAAUGGGUUAUGUAUACUGCCAUGAUUUAAACUAUUGAGAUAUUUAAUAAGAUGUCAGAUUUUAUGUUGCUAUUCUUAAGAGUCUUUUCUAAUGAUAUCACUGGAUGUAUUUAAUUUCCCUAAAUUUCUACUAUACACUGGAUCGUUACACAGAGAAAAUGUUAUUCUAGUCUAAUGUGGAUGUAUAGGUGUCAAUUCUGUGACCUGAAGUUUGUAAGCUUUUAUUUCCAGGUACAUUCCUUUUUUUGUUUUUGGACAAUUCUGUCUCAGACAAAAUGGCUCACCUGCUGUCUUAUGAAAUCUUGCACAUUUAGAAUUUAAUAUAUUGCUUUGAAAAAGUAUGUAUUUGUUUCUCUACAAGAAUUCCUAAUAAAAGAAACAUAUAUUCUCUUUAAA